AAAUAAAGAAAAGAAAAAGGUAGAUUACUUUAGAAUGGGGUGUUGUGUUUGGUUAGGGAAGACGUUGGCAUCAGUCGCCGGUAGAGAGAUCGGCGUGAAGAAGAAAAUGAUCAUGUGCAGCCGAGGCCAUUGGAGACCAGCUGAAGACGAGAAGCUCAAGGAUCUUGUCGAACAAUACGGUCCUCAUAAUUGGAACGCCAUAGCUCUCAAGCUCCCUGGUCGAUCUGGUAAGAGUUGUAGAUUGAGGUGGUUUAAUCAAUUGGAUCCAAGGAUAAACCGAAACCCUUUCACGGAAGAAGAAGAAGAAAGACUUUUAGCGGCUCAUCGGAUCCAUGGGAACAGAUGGUCCAUCAUCGCAAGGCUCUUCCCUGGAAGAACUGAUAACGCCGUCAAGAACCAUUGGCACGUCAUCAUGGCUCGUCGCACACGACAAACCUCUAAGCCUCGUCUUCUACCCUCGACGACUUCGUCUUCUUCUUUAAUGGCGAAUGAACAAAUCAUGAUGAGUUCUGGUGGUUUUGAUCAUAAUUAUAGUUCGGGUGAUCGGAAGAAAAUAUUACCAGCAGACGUUAUAAAUUUCCCUUACCAAUUCUCUCAUAUCAAUCAUCUUCAGUUCAUAAAGGAGUUUUUCACCGGAAAGAUCGCUUUAAAUCACAAAGCAAACCAGAGUAAAAAGCCUAUGGAGUUCUACAAUUUUCUACAAGUAAACACAGAUUCAAACAAGAGCGAGAUUAUAGAUCAAGAUUCGGGUCAAAGCAAACCCAAUGACUCGGGCACCAAAAAUGAAAGUCAUGUUCCCUUCUUCGACUUCUUGUCUGUUGGAAACACUGCCUCCUAGGAUUAGCUUCUUUUCAGACUAUAUAUAAACCCUAAAUUGUUAG